AUGUCAGGGUCUCCCAGGCCCAGGAAGCACGAAGAUGAUCUUCUGUCUGGCUCUAUUGCAUGCGGGCUUCGUUCCAGCGCUGCUCGUGUUCUUCGUAUGGAGGUAAUUCCUGGCCCUGGCGACCGCUUGGUUAGACAUCCAAACUUACCUCCAAGUAGUCUUCCAGGAGCCAUCGCAAUGUACGCUUUGUCACUUGGUGUGCAGAGGAUUAGUGAAACCCUUCCCUUGCCUGUCUAUGCACUUCUGUCAGGUCUCAAUGCUGCAACGGUUGGCAUAAUUGCGCUCGCGGCUGUGCAGCUUGCGGAAAAGGCGAUUCGCGAUAAGCUUACACGCAUUCAGGUGAUCUUCGGGGCGUGUGCCGGUGUAUGCUAUAAUACGCUCUGGUAUUUCCCUUUGCUAAUGGUCAUCGGCGGACUUGCAUCGGUCGUGUGGGACGGUUGGAUGAACCAGCGGCUGCGAAACCUAGCCGUCAAGUGGAGGAGUCGUGGUGCUCGUCGCGACGAAGCCGAUCAAGGAGAGAGUGCUCAGAGUACACCCUUGGAAGCGACUGAGCAACGUCAAGGACGUGACGAGAAUCGGCUACGGUCGCGGAGGACGGGUCUCCCGACGGAGCAACUAAGUAGCAACACUCCUCCCUAUGCCGAAGAAGCUCCUUCCCAAGACUACAUUAUUCGCGUCCGGGUCGGAGUUAUUCUCUUCGUUCUGUUCUUCGGUAAGACGCCUCUUGAACGAGGACUACUCCAUGCCCCUCCCUUAGCUUUCGACCUUUUCGCCAAAAUGUACCUUGCUGGAACCGUCAUUUUUGGUGGCGGUCCCGUGGUAAUUCCCCUUCUACGCUCAUACGUCGUCGACCCUGGAUGGGUUUCGAGCCGUGAUUUCCUCAUUGGCCUGGCCAUCAUCCAGGCUCUCCCAGGGCCAAACUUCAACUUUGCCGUUUUCCUCGGAGCUCUAACACUGCAGAAAUCUCCAUUACCAACAGUUUUCGGCGCAUUUCUCGGCGGACUAGGGAUAUUCGUUCCGGGAAUUACAUUAGCGGUAGCCAUUCAGAGUUUCUGGCGCGUACUGAGACGGAGAAAGUGGGUGAUUGAUUUCCUCAGGGGCGUCAAUGCCACGGCUGUCGGGCUGGUCUUUACUGCCGUAUAUCGACUCUGGGAAAUCGGUUAUCUUACUCCACGGGAAAGUGCUGGGCAGAGUCUGGCAAAGGAGCCGUGGUGGGUUGUGGUUGCCGCUCUUACGUAUGCUCAGAGUGCCUGGUUCCAUGUUCCGCCUGCUCUUGCCAUUGUUAUUGGGGCGGUAUUGGGGCUUUGUUGUUUGGUAGGGGAUGGAACCUGUAUGUAA